CCGGAGCCGUGCUGGACUCGGUUGUGCGGAGCGGGCGGGAGUGGGGCUGGUGCCCUGUCACAGCGUGGCGGUGACCCUCGCCUCUCCGGAGCGGCACUCACCCUUGUGACGGCCAGAACUGCCAGCUGACUGGGCUGGUUCUUGUUUCACUGGUGUGCUUUGGGGAGCGCGUGUGUUUUACCGUGUAGAGAGCACGGUUUGGGAUCCCUAUGUUAUGGUGGGUAUGGGAUUGCACGUUUUUGGGAGGAUGCCCGUUGGAGAAGGUGGCUCCAACCUCAACCUGUUUUUCUUUCUCAGGUCAUGUAGAAGAGCAGAUUUAAUGUGAAGAUGGGACUCUUGGUGUUUAUGCGUAACCUGCUGCUAGCCCUCUGCCUCUUUCUGGUUCUGGGAUUUCUGUACUAUUCUGCUUGGAAGUUGCACCUUCUCAGAUGGGAGGAUUCAAGUAAAUAUUCACACCUUGAAAAUGGUGCUGAAAAAAAGGGGAAAAUGAACUUGUACUCUUGUGUUACAGAUUCAGUGGUUCUUUCCUUUGACUCCGUUGGACAUACAAUAGGCUCAGAAUACGACAGACUGGGCUUUCUCCUGAACCUGGACUCAAAAUUGCCUCCAGAACUGGCAUUAAAGUAUGCCAAUUUCUCAGAGGGAGUGUGCAAGCCAGGCUAUGCAUCAGCGCUCAUGACUGUCAUCUUCCCAAAGUUCUCGAAGCCGGCACCAAUGUUUUUGGAUGAUUCCUUCAGGAAAUGGGCACGUAUCAGGGACUUUGUACCCCCCUUUGGAAUUAAAGGACAAGAUAAUCUGAUCAAAGCCAUCCUGUCAGCAACCAAAGAUUAUCGUCUAACUCCAGCUCUUGACAGUCUCAGCUGCCGGCGAUGUAUUAUUGUGGGAAAUGGUGGAGUACUUGCAAAUAAGUCAUUAGGGUUAAAAAUUGAUGACUAUGAUGUUGUUGUCAGGCUGAACUCGGCUCCAGUGAAGGGCUUUGAAAAAGAUGUGGGUGGCAAGACAACACUCCGGAUCACAUAUCCUGAAGGUGCAAUCCAGAAAAUGGAGCAGUAUGAGAAGGAUUCCCUGUUUGUUCUGGCAGGAUUCAAAUGGCAGGAUUUCAAGUGGCUGAAAUACAUUGUUUACAAGGAAAAAGUGAGUGCCUCUGAUGGCUUUUGGAAGUCAGUGGCAACCCGUGUCCCAAGGGAACCUCAUGAGAUACGUAUCCUGAAUCCCUACUUCAUCCAGGAGGCAGCUUUCAGCUUCAUCGGACUGCCUUUCAACAAUGGCCUGAUGGGCAGAGGGAACAUCCCCACCUUGGGAAGCGUAGCAAUAACCAUGGCGCUGCACAACUGUGAUGAGGUGGCGGUAGCUGGGUUUGGCUAUGACAUGAGUUCACCCAAUGCACCACUGCACUACUAUGAGAACAUCAAGAUGUCUGCCAUCAAAGAGUCCUGGACGCACAACAUCCAGCGGGAGAAGGAAUUUCUGAGAAAGCUGGUGAAAGCCCGAGUCAUCACUGACCUAACCAGUGGGAUUUGAGUGGCUGCAGCCACUGCAUCCAAGGGAGAAGACAAAGAAAUGCUGCAGCUCUGGGAGCAGGCACUGGCAGCC